UCACGUGACUCAGUGGCGGUGGACGCGGUGAUCUACGCUAAAAUCUUCGACGCUACCAAAUCGAUAAUAAACGUUGAGGAUGCGCACGCUUCAACCAAGCUCCUGGCCGCGACCACGCUGAGGAACGUGCUGGGAACCAAAGUGCUCUCGGAAAUUCUCAGCGACCGCGAGAGUAUCGCUCACACGAUGCAGUCGAUACUGGACCAUGCGACGGACCCCUGGGGAAUGGACGUGGAUAGAGUGGAAGUGAAGGACGUUCGACUUCCGGUUCAGAUGCAGAGGGCCAUGGCGGCGGAAGCGGAAGCCAAUAGGGACGCCAGGGCUAAAGUGAUCUUAGCGGAAGAAGAGAUGAAGGCUUCCCGAUCUCUGAAGGAAGCCGCCGACAUCAUGAGCCAGUCGCCGGCGGCCAUGCAGAUCAGGUACCUGCAGACUUUGAAUCAGAUCGCCGCUGAACGCAACUCUACCAUCAUUUUCCCGCUACCGAUUGACAUGCUGAGUCAGCCGAGCAAGAAGUAGAUGAGAUGACGUUCCUAUGACGUCAUCUGGCAUGCCUUUUUUUUAAUGUUGUCACGAUUUUUAAAGCAAAAACUGGCUAUUUUUUCCAAAGUCUAUGUACAAAAA